UCCUCGACGCGCUGACGGGGAGGAAAGGGAACGCCCGCCCCCGACGCCCGGCUCGCACGUUCUCGGGCCCGCCCCGGCAGGGCCCACGCGCUUCCUUCCCUUCCCUUCCUUCCCUCCCUCCGCCUGGUCGACGACGGGCCUGAGUGGACGGCGAGCAAGAUGGCGACCGAGGCGGACUCUUGGGACGUGGACACCUUCGAGGCGGCGGAUCCUUUGGCCGGGCGCCUCGCUCCCACGCCGGCCGUGGUGGCUGCGGACCGCUGGGCCGGCGAGGACGAGGAGGAGGACGUCAAGGAUAACUGGGAUGAUGAAGAGGAAGAAGAGGAAAAGGAAACUGAGGUAAAGCCAGAACCCAAAGUUUCAGAAAAGAAGAAAAUAGCAGAAAAAAUAAAAGAGAGGGAAAAAGUGCAGAAGAAAAAACAAGAAGAGAUUAAAAAAAGGCUAGAGGUAUCAGAAGAAUCUAAAGAACUUACACAAGAAGAACAGUUAGCAGAUAAACUACGACUUCAGAAAUUGCAAGAAGAAGCAGACCUUGAAUUAGCCAAAGAAACCUUUGGUGUAAAUAACACAUGUGGAAUAGAUGCCCUGAAUCCAUCUUCAAAAGAAGACUUUACGGAAUUCGGCAAAUUAUUAAAAGAAAAAAUAACACAGUAUGAGAAAUCUUUAUAUUAUGCUGGAUUUUUGGAAACGUUAGUUCGAGAUGUAUGUAUUUCAUUGGAAAUUGAUGAUUUGAAAAAGAUCACAAAUUCCUUGACAGUGCUAUGCAGUGAGAAGCAAAAACAAGAGAAGCAAAAUAAAGCCAAGAAGAAGAAAAAAGGCGUGGUGCCUGGUGGGGGUUUAAAAGCGACCAUGAAAGAUGACCUGGCAGAUUAUGGUGGUUAUGAUGGUGGCUAUGUACAAGACUUCGAAGAUUUCAUGUGACAUUUCUCCUUUCUGUUGUCUUUCUGUUGCCCAUAAUCCCUUCAUGUGUAGCACAAUUACUUUCCUUUAAAUUCUGCCAAAUGCUACAGUCAAAAACUGCAGUAUAUUUGUGCUGUUCAUUACCUUCACAUUUAGCUGCUGAAGCAUUGGGAUGCCUUUCUUGAUGCCAAGAGAAUAAAAUUAUGUUGCUCAAUUGUUCAUUCAAUCAUAGGAAAUAUUGAAAUUUCUAUAAUGUGACUUCAUAACAGAAGAAGCAGCACUUAAUUGGAAAUAACUUUCAGCAAGGCCAAAAAUGUAGUAUUAUCAGUGUGAUUUAAUAGCAGCAGUCUUAACUGUAUCUCUUCCACUGAUUCUACCCAGACAAAAGAAGUUAUUUGCAGCAAGGGCAUGGUGUGCAUACAGUAUUAAAGGCAGCUUUAUCUAUUAUACUAGGGUUUGAGGUUUUUCAAUAGAUUGGCAAAUAGCCUAGGGAGAGGAUUCUGCACUUAGGAUCCAACUAUGAAAUUUCAGUGCUUUCUAAGUUAAGAGCACAGAUAAAAUUCUCAGUUGGUUUAUAAAAGAGGCUGGGUUAAUUGUAUUUGGGGAAAAAACUUAUAACUGAUGUCUAAGCAGUUUAAUUCACACUUUUCUGAUUUCUUGGGGAAUUCUUUGUCACCAGGUUUCUGUGACUGUAGUCAAGCUCUCACAAGAUUUGCUGAUUUUCGUUUACAGGAAUCCUGCUUACCAAACUGCAACAGUUACAACAGUUGGACAAAUUGUUACGUUAACAAUUAUGACAUCUACAAAUGUUUUAUAAAAACUAAUUUAAUAAAAUCACUGUUGUGAAGACCAA